CUUUCGCCUACACACGUCUUCUCUCUCAGGCCCCAGAUGGACCCUGGGAAAGAUGAGAAGGGGGUGCCGCAGCCCCCAGGGCUGCCCUCAAGGAAGAAAUUCGUCAUACCACUGGACGACGAUGAAGUCCCUCCUCCAGGGGCUAAGCCCUUAUUCAAAUCCACCCGGAACCUUCCCACUGUGGAGCCCUCAGCCCAGGCGACCCCUCAGACGUAUGCCGAGUAUGUCAUCUCAGGGCCUCCAGGCGGGGCUCCAUCCACACACCGCACAGGGCCAGAGCCCCCUGCAGGAGAGACCCCCAACCCGGCCCUGAAACCUGGGGCAAAAUCCAACAGCAUCAUUGUAAGCCCUCGACAGAGGGGCAACCCGGUGCUGAAGUUCGUGCGCAACGUGCCCUGGGAAUUUGGGGAUGUGCUCCCAGACUACGUGCUGGGCCAGAGCACCUGUGCCCUCUUCCUCAGCCUCCGCUACCACAACCUGCACCCCAAGUACAUCCACGAGCGGCUGCAGGGCCUGGGGAAGAACUUCGCGCUGCGGGUCCUGCUCGUCCAGGUGGACGUGAAAGACCCUCAGCAGGCCCUGAAGGAGCUGGCUAAGAUGUGCAUCCUGGCCGACUGCACCCUGAUGCUUGCCUGGAGCCCUGAGGAGGCUGGGCGGUACCUGGAGACGUACAAGGCCUAUGAGCAGAAGCCGGCGGACCUGCUGAUGGAGAAGCUGGAGCAGGACUUCGUCUCGCGGGUGACUGAGUGCCUGACCACCGUGAAGUCCGUCAACAAAACGGACAGUCAGACCCUCCUGGCCACUUUUGGGUCUCUGGAACAGCUCAUUGCUGCAUCAAGGGAAGAUCUGGCUUUGUGUCCAGGCCUGGGGCCCCAGAAGGCCCGGAGGCUCUAUGAUGUCUUACACGAGCCCUUCUUGAAGGCGCCCCCCUGACCCCUGCUGCCAAGGAUGCCCCCAGGG